AUGGGGAGGAUGAGAAUGGGACCGCUUGGCGACCCGAGUUAUUUGAGAGAAUAUGAAUGGGAUGAGACAGGCCGCACAGCAAUCUCGCUCAUCAUUGUCUCAUUUAACAAUUAUUCAGCAACAGCCAUACAGUUUGGAUUCGUCGAGAAUGAAGAGCUUGUCAUGUCUAAAACGUACGGAGAAUCAUAUGGCUGUAGCAAACGAGUUAUAAGGCUGAACCAUGAGACAGAGUUUGUGACUGGUAUAAGCGGGGAGAUGGACAAUGACUCUUAUAUUUCUUCUCUGACGUUUCAUACAAAUCUUAGAGCACACCAAGCAUUUCACUUGAAAACCAAUGUAGGAGAAAAAGCAUGUCCUCCUCUGAAAAUAGAGUUUCAUUCAGGAAUACUUGAUCGCAAUGAAUUUGAUGGCUUCUUUGGAUAUUAUAAUGCUUAUCGUUUGAUCACAAUUAAUUUCUAUGCGAGACACAUCUUACGUGGUGUGAAUAGGAUUAAAUAUGAGGAGUAA